CCUGUCAGACCUGACAGGGCCGUACAGCACCUCGCACAGCUGGGCUGCAGGGGCUGCUGUGGGGCAGGAGGGCAGCAAGGCCUGUAGUACCCCUGCCAGGGGGAUGUGGUGCCACACAGCACUCCCUGCACAUGCAGUAAAGCCUGGCUGUGUCCCACCUGGGGAGACCUGUUCUAUCAGAUUUAUUAGAGGCAGCCACAGCUGCAUGAGACCAACUCCAUAGCCCAUCCAAGGCUGAAGCUUUGCCAUGGUGUCUCCUGGCCUUGUGGAGUCUUCCCCUGCAGGUAUCAGCAGCUUGUGUUUCAUGCAGCCAGGCCCCCGAGCUCAGGGGGGUAUGAGCAUGCUGCAGACACAGCUCCAGCUGUUGCCCACCAGCACUCCCCCGAUUCUGCAAGGUGGUGGCAAAGUGAACAUGAAUUUCCCUGCACAUGGGCCCAGGUGAGGAAGUGCCACAUGUACACUUGUGCCAUGCUCCAAGCAGAUCAAGUCCAUGUAUUUAGACAGAGGCUGUGAAACAAAACCCAGUAAGGCAGAAGGAAAUCACAUCCUCAUGCAAGGAGGGACAUUUCAGGGAAAGGGAGUUUGUUCACAGAGCACAUUAGCGCUGUUACUGGUUCCCACCAUUCAGGUCCUCCCCAUCUGCUGACCAGCCCAGGGACAUGAUUUCAUCCAUAUGUUUUUCCACAGGAAGAGGGUAUGAUGCUAUGAUGCCCCUGAACCACUGCUGCCAGAACAUUGCACAGCAACAUUUGGGCACCAAAUGGAAGAUGCAGCUGGCACAUGAGCCACGUGCAUCACUCUGACAGCCCAGGGGGGCAGGAAGGUACUGGUUGUGCACAGUGCAAGAGCAGCUACGAGCCCAGCCCCGUGCUCACCCUGUUCUGCCAGCUUUAUUCCCUUCCUGCAUGAGGAAUGAGAGAUACUCAGUGAACAGAAGGAACUCACACAUGCAAAGGCAGUUUUAUUCCAACUGCCCACAGUUCCUUCUAGCCUGCAAUACCCCACUGCCUUGAGCUCCAGAAUAGGACAAGCACAGGCAGAGUCCUCAGGAAGAUUUUUGCAGGAGCAUCCAAUCAUCUUGCAGAGGAGGCCACACUGCCCUUGCAGCAAUGCUGGGCUCAGCUGGGAGCAGGGUGGGCAGAUGUGGCACCACCACAGCCCAGAUGAGCUGCAGGACAAACAGGGGCAGGAAACACCACGAGACUGCAAAAAGUCUGAAAUUCAGAGUGGCUGGGACCACAUGGAGCAGGCAGCUUUCCCAAAAGGCUGCUGUUUAGCUCAGUCUCUGCUCUACCCCCCUUCUCCCACCCCGCAGCUGCAGGAGGCUUGGGAACCUGCAGGGGCCAUUCCCUGUUGCUGGGAAAUCUGGCUACUGAAACCACAACAGCGUCAGUGGCAAACACAGCCUGUUCCCUGGGCACUCCAGAAGCUCCCACCACUGCCUGCAGGAAGGCACCCGGCACAAGCAGCCCCUCAGCACAGCCCUGGGCCCCCACCAAAGGGGAGCAGCUCUGGGAGAGGAAAGCCAUGUUCAUCAAAGUGAGAUACGGAGCCAACUGCCAAGUGAUGGUGAACCUGCAGUGCUCUGUUCUGAUCCUCACAACUCACCUGAAGAGGAAGUGUCAGUGCAGGCCUGAAGGCUCAUGCUGGCCACACAGGGACACACUGGGCUUCCUUCACCAUGUGUCUCUCCCUCCAGACUGCAUUGAUCUUCUGGAUGAAACAGGCACCCUGAUGAACCUGAGCAAAGUGGAAAACCCUGCAUCCGAAUACACCAGUAAAUACCUCCGGGAAAGGGAGCACUACAUCCUCAUCAGAGUCAUCCGAGACAAAAACUCUGAAGCCACCUCCUAUGAAUCCUUGCUAGAGGACCUGGAGAAACACUACCCUGACCUAACAGAUCGGCUGCAGCAGCUCUCAGCAAAAACCCAGAGGAGAGACCAGUGGAGGAAGGGAACCUCGCAGAGGAAGGCUCAGCCCCACAUCAGCACCCAGUUAAGGAACAAAACCACCUCAAAGAAGAAGAGGGGCUCAGAGUUCAAGACCCCUAAAUGAGGAACAGACCCAUUCCUGGUCACAUGCACAGCACAGCCACCACCAGGACUCAGCCACCUCCCCAGCUUAUUCCUAGUUCAGCAAGAGUCCCCUGCUACUGAGAUCCUCUUCCUGGGGUGCCCUGCUCCUCAAGGGUUCACACCACCACAUCCAAAGCUGCAUCCUGACAAACCAGGCAAACACAGCACCACAGCCAGGCACAAGCAGCAUCCAGGGGGUCAUUCAUGUUCCUAUGGCAUGGCCUGCGCUCUCCAGUGACAAGAACCUGCACCUUCUUUCAACCCCCCUGCACCAGCAGCCAGAGGAACAUGCACCCACAUCACUGAAUGGACCGACUUUCCACACAGUCACCACACUGGCAGUGCCUUCUAGAGACUCUCCACUGUGGUCACCAGGAAAGGCUGUUCCAGAGACAGCUCAUUUCCACAUCUACAGAAGCAGCUCUUUGCCAAGAUGGGUCAAAGACAGAACAGACCCGCUGCAGGUGCUCCUGCUGGUUCUCCUUAACAGCUUCUCCACCCAGACUAGCACACACCAACAUUACAUUUAUUUCUGAAAUAGAGUUAACUUCAGAGUGGUUCUCCCCUGCUCACACUGGGACAGUUCAGGACACAGAGCACUUUGGCUUUGAAUCUCUGGCAUCUACUUUUGCCCUUGGCUGUUUCUCAGGAGAGCACAAGGCACCCCAAUAAGGCCAGACAGAGCUCAGAACAUUAUCUACCAAGAAUUUGGGUUAUGACAUUUAGAAGGGGCAGGACUUUCAACACCAGCCUCCAAUAUCUGCUGCCAGCAUUUACCAUCUAGACCUGGAUUUCCUCACAAAUCCCAGCUGAGAACUUGUCCAGUAUUCAACAGUCAGAGGUCAAAAGGUUAAUAGACUCAUUCUGCCAUGAAAAUGCAUCAGUUGAGCAUCUGAAAGUGGCAUGGUUUCACUGCUUUGCCACUAAAACUCCAUCUCAAGCCUCAAAAUUCUCUUUUACAAGAAGGUAAAGAACAGGGUGCUCUGCCAGAGGCCAGUCUGAGGGCAGCACUCAUGAGAUUGUUCUGCCAAGGUGACUGUAAGAGGAAAGCAGCUCCAAACUUCACCUGUUGCCAGUGACCUUGAGAACAUUGCAUAAUCUGCUAAAGCUUUUAAGUAAGAUCAGCCAACUGUACCCAAGGUCCCACAGCCAGACAGGUCACAUUGUCUUAGUUCUAAGUCAGAACAGCUCUCCAGGAGGAGGAUAUCUAUAGAAAAAUAAUUUGUUACUGAAAAUACUCUAGACACAUCUUGGAUUACCCCUCUCCACCCUCUCCUCUGCCUGGAGGGCAGCCAGUGCAGCCUCAGCUGAGGUCUGGAUCUCUUUUUGCCAAGUCAUGCAGGCUCUGUCCUUGCUAGGCUGCACCUCCUAUUUGCAGGGAACACACAGUAGUGCCUUGUCCUUUAAGCAGCUGAUACUGUUAACAUUUUGGUAGCUUAAUUUUAGCUUGAGAAUUAAAUAAAGCACGUGCACAAGUGAUAGGUCCAAAUAAAUUCCUUUAUUUCUCUGUAAUAAAUAUAGCACUAUCUGAAUUCUAAA